CCUUCUUUUCUCCAAUUUUGAUAUAAAAACGAGAUUAAGUUUGGCUUCUUUUUAUCUUUUUUGUUUUUGAAUUUUUUUUCUACCUUUUCCCUUUUCUAACUCAACCCUCUUAAUUUUUUUUCCCAACCAUGUCGAUGCCUGCUGCCGCUGACCAUCAACUUGAUGAACGUCAUUUGGACGUUGAAUCCAAGCACUACCCUGUGGCUACUACCGCCAGUACUCCACAAUCUCUUUUCGCCGCACCCACUAUCGCCAACCCAGGUCCUCUUGGUCUUAGCGCAUUCGCAUUGACAACCUUUGUCCUCUCUCUUCAUAACGCUGGCGCUGGUGUGCCUGCUGCUGGUCCCAGCAACGUUGUGGUUGGUUUGGCCUUCUUUUAUGGUGGCGUCGUCCAGUUGUGUGCUGGUAUGUGGGAAUUCCUCACUGGCAAUACAUUUGGUGCCACCGCCUUCUCGAGCUACGGCGGUUUCUGGCUCUCGUAUGCUUUGAUUUUCAUUCCUGGUGCUGACAUUUUGGGCGCUUACGGCAAAGUGGAUGUGAUGGUCCUUGAGCGAUCAUUGGGCAUCUAUCUUAUAUCAUGGGCUAUUUUCACUGCAUUGCUUUUGAUCGCUUCCCACCGUUCGUCCGUAGGUCUCGUGAGCUUGUUCUUUUGUCUUUUCAUCACCUUUGUCCUUCUUGCCGCCGCCAAAUUCAACAAUAGCGUCACCACCCAGGUUGCUGGUGGUGCUUUCGGUGUCAUCACUGCCAUCAUCGCUUGGUACAAUGCGCUGUCUGGUUUGCUUACAAAGGACUCUUCCUACUUCCUCUUGCCUGUCGGUCGUCUCUCUUAAAUAAUACGACUAUGACUACUUGUGUUUCCUUCUAAUAUUGUUUUUCUUUAUCUUUUUUUCUUUUUCUUUUGCUUAACCAUAUUCCAGCUUUAUUCCCUUUCUCUUUUUUCCUGUCGUAUUAUUUUCAUAUCGUGACCAUUAAUGUUUGUCCUCAUAUAAGAUAUCGAUUCUUUCCAUAACUUUUGUUCUUUCUUUUUUUUUUUUUACACAAUGGCAUCUAAUUAUUUAAUCUCUAGUAAGCAAGAAGAAAAGUCAAAAAAAGAACAAAGAAAAACAGAAUGAACAUAAAGUUUUCAAAAGAUUUCGACCCAUUCUUUUUUUUUUUUUUUUUUUUUUU